AUGAGUCAAUCAUCACUUUUGAUCCGCAGCGGAGUCUCCUCCAAUAGAUAUCGUAAGGCCCCUCAAUUGGAAGAUGAUAUCAUACGCAUACCGGAGUGUGAUCUCAAUGACGUCAAGGAGCGUUUCCGCCUCACGCUCAUUGGACGUGUUUUCCACAUCCGUGGAAGAAGCAGCGAUGCCCUGAUCAACCUUCUCCCUCGCCCCCGAAUCUGGAGUGUAGAGGGAAGAGUCCGUGGACUGAACUUCGGGAAUGGCCGCUUCCAAUUCGAUUUUGACAAAGAAGAGGACUUGCAGAUGGUCCUAAAUAAGCGCCCCUGUCAUUUCAACCAGUGGAGUUUCGCGCUGGAACGUUAG